GACUGCGGACAACAACGAGGAGGCGACAGAGCUGCAGACUCCGGCCGGGACCGACUCCCUCUCACGCACCUACCAGUCAGACGAGUAAACCAGUUCUCCUGAGCCCGGUGGGACAUUUUCCAACUUGAUUUCCUCGAAGCGCUCCGGACUGCACCGCCGCCUUCACAUCUCUGCCCCCCCCCCCCCCCUCCUCCUCCUCCUCACACACACACACACACUCUCUCCUCCAAACCCCUCGACCACGCAUCAGUCAGUUUCGACGAUGACCUGGACGGGGAGCUCUUGUUUCGUCCCGCUGGUCCUCCUGUUCCUCUGGCGGGUGGAGGAGGUGGCGGAAGCCUGCAGCUGCUCCCCGGCGCAUCCUCAGCAGGCGUUCUGCAGCGCGGACGUCGUUAUCAGGGCGAAGGUCGUUGGAGAGCAGGAGGUUGACACUGGCAACAACGUCUACGGAAACCCCAUCAAACGGAUCAAGUAUGACAUCAAACAGGUCAAGAUGUUCAAAGGUCCCAGCCAGGAUAUUGAUGCCAUCUACACAGCUUCUUCCUCUACGGUGUGUGGGGUGACUCUGGAGACUAAUGGCAAUGAGUAUCUUAUCACAGGCAGACUGGAGGCCGACGGGAAGAUGCACGUCACACUGUGCCAAUUCAUUGAGCCCUGGGAUGCCCUGAGUCCCACCCAGAGGAAGAGCUUGACCCAGCGCUACGAAAUGGGCUGCGAAUGCAAGAUCACUCGCUGCACCUCCGUCCCCUGCAUGAUCAGCAGCCCGGCGGAGUGCCUGUGGACGGACUGGGUGAUGGAGAAGGCCGUCUACGGAGAGCAGGCCAAACACUUUGCCUGCGUCAAGAGGAGCGAUGACUCUUGUGCCUGGUACAGAGGAGCGGCGCCGCCCAAAAAGGAUUUCCUGGACAUCGAGGACCCUUAACUCCACCGCUGUCCGUCGGUCUGAGGACGUCCACGGCUGAAUUAUACUAAGAUAUAAAACACCAAAAAGCAGAAAUAAAUACACAAGUCAAGUCAACACACGUUAUUUUGGUUUCUUACGAUUAAGAAAGCUGCAGGGCGUGUACUCUGGUGGGAUUGUAAAGAAAUGGAUUUGUUAUGGGGUUUUAGUUUUUUUUUUAAAUGGCAGGACUCAUCAUGUUUUUUUUUUUAUUCAUCAGUCUUAUAAAUUCAGCACUUUCUGAUGCUUCUACCCCAACAUCUAAAGCACUUCUUCACAAACCACUUCUCCCUCAGUCGAAAUAAAGGGAUAAUCCUCACAAUUUGGUGUUCCAAUUCACAGUACUUUUGUUUCUAAGAUAUCCUUUGAAACCAACUAUAAUUCUACAAUGAAAACACAUAAAUACCCAAAACUCAAUGUGUAGCAAAUCUGUGAAUCUCUGCGUCGGUAAAUAAAAUGAGCUGGCGAUCGGCGUCCUGGUUUGUGACAGCAGAGCUACCACAGAGAUGACGCCACAUCUCGCCCGUCCUGCUUCAUAUUCCUCCCUGUGCUGAGUAUAUGCAAAUGUUUUGGCUUCUGUAUUCCAGUUUUUUAAGGUGUGGUAAAUCUGUUUAGUGUAAAAGAGUGGCAUGUUACUGAUCACGUUUCUGAUGCCAGCCUGUGCACACAAUACAUGCUUUGGUAAUUGUCUUCUUUUAACCCUCAAUAGACAAGUAUGCACUUUGAACUCAAUGAUCACAGCAGUCGUCAGUAUUGUUUCUUGUCUGAAAAAGAGGAUUGAAUCCUCCAUUUUGUAUUUUGUAUUUUUUUAAAUAUAUAUAUACUACAGCUCUUCUCUUUAUAAUGCUUUAGUAAUUGUAAGAACAUAUUUUAUUUAAGGAGUUUUUAUGAUUAACCAUAAUCUAUUGAUAAAAAUGCCCUCAUUUUGAUACUUUUUUAAAAUAACAAACGACACCAUUGGUACUGUAUAAAGAGUAUAAUUUUAACAGUAUUGGGAAAAUACACAUUUUUUUAAGGUCAAAUUGUAGGCCUGUUAACUGGCUCAUCCUUUGGCUAACCAAUUAUCAGUUUAUUGCAGAACCGUGGGAAUGAACACAAUCAAACUUGUAGAACAGAUGUCAUGUGACUUUAAAGAUUAAUAAGAGUGUAAAAAAAUAAUCUUCAUUUGAAACUAUAGUCAAGUAUGAUGUCUUGUGCUGGUUUCACAUGGGACUUUUGAGAUUAUAUGAUUUUUUGCAUGCAUGUCCAACUGAAACAAUACUGUACAUUUGACUUAUUAUAUUAAAUGCCAAACCCUGUA